AGUACGGGAGGGAGAGCAGCAGCUUUCAUAUCCGCCAUUUUAAUAAUAUUCGAUAUUCUGGAAUAUUCUCAAACCUGGGAAAAUCCACUUUGCAUAUACAGCCUCCAUUUCUGGUCUGUAUUUUCCACCUGUCAUCACCAUGGCUCUGUUGAUGACUUACUGGAUGUUUUUGGUUGCUUUGUCUUCGACUGUGACAUGGACCCAUGCCUUGAGAAGAAUCUCCCUGCACAAGAUGCCCUCUAUCCGAGAGACACUGAGGGACAUGGGUGUUUCUGCCGAGCAGAUCCUAAAUGAGUUAGCCGAGAAGAGCACAGACGACAAAAACGGAACUGUUCCCACCCCUCUAACCAACUACUUAGACACCCAGUACUUCGGGGAAAUCAGUAUUGGCUCUCCACCCCAGUUGUUCAACGUGGUCUUUGACACCGGCUCCGCCAAUCUGUGGGUGCCUUCGCAAAGCUGCUCACCUUUCUCCACCGCCUGUUUCAUUCACAACAGAUACGAUGCCUCCCAAUCUCGCACUUAUGUUGAGAACGGAACCGGUUUUUCCAUCCAGUAUGCUGCAGGGAAUGUCAGGGGAUUUCUGAGUGAGGAUGUGGUUGUGGUUGGUGGGAUCCCUGUGGUUCAGGUGUUUGCUGAGGCAGCCUCUCUGUCUGCCAUGCCCUUCAUCUUUGCCAAGUUUGAUGGAGUCCUGGGGAUGGGUUACCCAAACGUGGCCAUCGACGGCAUUACUCCCGUGUUUGACGGUAUCAUGUCUCAGCAUGUCCUCACGGAAGAGGUGUUCUCUAUCUACUACAGCAGGGAUCCAAAACACUCCCCAGGUGGAGAGCUGGUUCUUGGUGGCACAGACCCAGAUUACUACAGCGGAAACUUUAACUAUAUGGACACUAAAGAGACUGGCAAAUGGGAAGUCAACAUGAAAGGGGUUUCUGUGGGUAUGGAGAUGAUGUUUUGUGCGGAGGGCUGCACAGCAGUGAUCGACAGUGGCUCCUCCUACAUUACAGGCCCGGCGUCCUCUGUGUCCGCGCUGAUGAAAAACAUCGGAGCGCAGCUGGAUGAAAGUGGAUACAAAGUCAACUGUAACACUGUCAAGACGUUGCCCAGUGUCACUUUCCACCUGGGAGGACAGGAAUACUCUCUCACUUGGGAGGAUUAUAUCUUAUGGCUACGUAAGCAGAAAUAA